AUGGAUACAAAACAGUUCUCCGUCCUUUGUUACAAGACCUUUGCACUCUUGAACAAGACGGUGUAUUCAUCGAGUCUCUUGGCCAGUCAGUUCAAGCUGAUGGCCAUGCCCCCAAAGUACCUUCUUCGUGUCUACAUAGCCACUGAUGUGGCUGUGAAAGUGACUUUGAAUGAGAGGCCAACAUCAGUUGAUGAGCUCAUCGGCAUCUUGAAAGACAAAGUUAAGCCUAGGCUGGACUUUGAAUUCACGUUACAGUAUGAGGAUCCGGACGGAGGAGAGCUCUGCUGUUUGGUUGAUGUAGAAGACCUGCCAGAGAAGGGCACGCUUAGAGUUGUUAGAUCAGAAAGAAAUUGUUCAGGAGACCCAUUGGUGAAGGACUUUCUGGAGAGAUGGCCUGCCCUUCAGGUCCAAUCACAGGUCUGUGCUGAGUUCCACAGGAUCACCAAUGUAAAUUUACGGAACCAGUUUUAUUCUGAACUAGAUCGGCACAUUCCACAGCUCAUAGAACUUUACAGACAGAAGGCAGCUCGUACUGGCAGGGUGGCAGGAGCACUGCGAGACAUCCUACAGUAUUAUGAAUCUGAGGAUGUGCACGAUAUCAACAUGAAACGCACUGUGGCCCUUCGUGCUCUCUCAGUAUACCUGCGGGAAGAGGACACACAGUUUUUCAAGACUUGGAACACUGAGGAAUCAGAGGAGCCAGACAUCGGGGACACACCCAUUGCCAUUGUCACGAUGGUCAGAGAAAGAAGUGCAUCUCCUGUUCACUUCAGUCCCGUAUCCACAGCCAUUGUGGUGGAAGAUGAAUUCAUCAUCAGGGACAUUGCCACGUUUGCCGAUGCAUAUGUGUUACUGUUUGGCCUGGUGUAUGUUCUGCAUUUGGACUACCCAAAGAAGCUACUUGGCACCUUCACCUUCAUACAAAAGGUUGUAAUGGGGUUGGAUGAUGGCGCACCCCUGAAACCUGCUCUGCUCGCUUUGAAAAAUGACCUGCUUACAAAGUAGACGUUAUCUGUAUGAUGUAGCAUUUUUUUGUUAGAUUUAUUUAAGAUGUGCCUGUUGUCCUCCUGGGUCAAACUGACCCAAUCUGUUUCAAAUGGUCCUUCUUUCCUCCCUUCCUUCUGUCUCUCCAUCCCUCCUUUCCUUGCUUUGUUCCUCCCUUCUUUCUUUCCCUCCUUUCUCCCCUCUUCUAACAUCAUUUCCUUUCCUUCUUCCUUCCUAGACCCAAUCUGUUGUCUGUCUGUCUGUCUUUCUUUCUUUCUUUCUUUCUUUCUUUCUUUCUUUCUUUCUUUCUUUCUUUCUUUCUUUCCUUCCUCCCUCCCUUCUUUCCCUAAGUCUUUUUUCCUUCUUCCUCCCUAGACCCAAUCUGUUCACUUUGCCCAUCCUUCUUUCCUUCCAUUCUCCCUUCCUUCUUCCCACCAUCCUUUUCACUUCUUACCUCCCUUCUUUCCCUACAUUCUUCUUCCUGCCAUGAUCCAAUCUGUUCCCUUCCUCCAUCUUUCUUUUCUUCCUUCCUUGACCCAGGAGGACAACAAGAGGGUUAUUCAACAGGUUGUUUUUUCUGCUUAUGCAGAUAUACACUAAAUUCCAAAAAUGCACCACGGUGAGUGCAGGAGAAAAACAAGUCACCAAAAGGGUGUGUUUAAUUCAUUUACCUGGAGAAACGGUGUUUUUGUUGGCCUUUCUUUUCAAAAGGCAUAGAUUUUAAAUCUAUAAAUUUCCUUUUUGGUUUGAUUUAUUUUUUUAUUCAUGUGCAAUGACUUGACUUUAUUUUUGGAUUUACUUUUUUUAUCUGAUAUCCUGAUAUUUACUUUUUGGUUAUUUAUUUAAUUUAUUUUUUAUUCAUUUCAAAUUAUUUAUUUCCUUGAAUGGCCAUAGAUGUAAAAUAACUUGAAGAUACUGUUUUGAAAGGCCAUACCUUUACACUGAGCACAAGUUCCCAAUGCUUUUAUACAAACAUUUAAACAUUUGCAGUGAUUUACACAUAACCAUACAAAUCUGUUUUUAUAUAAUGUAUGUGUGGAUGUAUAUAUGUUGACAGUUCAUGAUAUGCAAACGGGGUGUGUUUACAUUUUCAGAUGUUGUUGGCCAGUCUUUACAAGUUGCCCAUGGAUACAGAUGUGUGUUUAUUCAAAGUGGUU